UAGAGCACUUAAUCAGACACAGAGAGGAGCGGUGCCGUGUGAAUGGGCGAGGGGGAAGAGAAGGGCCUCAUUUACCCGACUCAAUCCAUAAAAGAACAACAGCCAGCCAGUCCUGCUGAAGGAUUAGCUCCCUGUCCAUGCUAACAUGGGCCUCCCCUCGGUGAUGGUGUUGCCCCUGCUAAUAGUCGUCGCAGCAGGGGUGUACUACAUCUACAAUGAGGUCUUACAGUUCAUGUCCAAGAGCUUAGUGCGCAACAAAGUCGUGGUGAUCACCGAUGCCGUCUCAGGAGCGGGCGCUGAAUGUGCCCAUCUCUUCCAUAAGGCCGGUGCCAGACUCAUUCUGUGUGGAACUACCUGGGAUAAGCUGGAAUCCCUGUACGACUCUCUGACUACUGACUCUGAUCCAAGAGAGACGUUCGCCCCAAAGCUGGUGAUCCUGGAUUUCAGUGACGUGGACAGCAUGGAGGAUGUGGUGGCUGAGGUCAUGGAGUGCUACGGCUACGUGGAUGUGCUGAUCUGCAACAGCAGCAUGAAGCUGAAAGCCCCCGUCCAGAGCGUCUCUCUGGAGCAGGACAGAAACAUAAUGGACAUCAACUACUUUGGUCCAAGCAGCCUCGUCAAAGGUAUUCUUCCGGCGAUGAUGUCAAGAAGAUCAGGACACGUUAUACUGGUCAACAGCAUCCAGGGCCGACUGGCGAUCCCAUUCAGAAGUUCGUAUGCGGCCUCCAAGCACGCGGCGCAGGCCUUCUUCGACUGCCUCAGGGCCGAAGUGGAGGAGUAUGGGAUUGUUGUCAGUACCGUCAGCCACACCUUCAUCAACGCCUCUGAGCCGCCGCCCGCCGUGGAGCCAGCUCCAAAGCAAAACAUCCUAACCGAUUAUAUCGCCAGCCAGCUCAACCACGGUGUGCGGCCUUCGGUCCUGGCCAAUGAGAUUCUGGAGACGGUGAACAGGAAGAGGAAGGAGGUUGUGCUGGCCCACCCCAUCCCCAGGGUGGCCCUCUACCUCCGUUCCCUCUUUCCUCCCUUUCUCUUCGCUGUGCUGGCGGCCGGAGUGAAGGACUCCGUGUUGGCAGAGCCGGUGCAGUAGAAGAAGACAGGAGUAGAUGUGAAAUCAAGCAAAAAUAUUGUCGGUCUCGAAGGUUUCACACUGUUUUCUCUUGCUGCCUAACGCUUUCAGAAUUAUGGAUUGAUUUUGACAGACAACAAUUGAGUGAAUGCAUUAAAAACUGCUGGGUUAAAAAACACAAAUGAAUUUGGAUUCAUUUUAUAUUACUUUGCGAUGCUCACUGAAUGAUCCAAACCUUGGGUUUGACUCAGCAUGGUGGACUACUCAUUAAAAAUUGAUAAAAGAGACCAGUAUCUCCUUCUAUGGUAACCAAAGAGUUGUUUGAACCUAAUAACUUUUAUGACUGAGCAAGCAAUCUUUAUGUUAAACUGUAUGAUUGUCAUUUUUAAUAUAAGUCUGCAAUGACAAUGAUCAGAUUAAAAAAAAAACAAGGACAACAUUAUAAGAUCUUACAAUAUCUUCGUUGACAAACAAUUGAACUUUCUUGGAACUUAACAGAAAAGAACCUGUGGGACGUCAUGGCAGCAAGGAACGUAUACAACUGAAAAUAUUUUGCUUAUGACAGUGAGGAAACUUAACUUAAAUAUACGAAUAAAGUUUGUUGCUUUCAGUC